CUUUGGCGGAAAUUUUCCCCCUUUUCAUAUUCCUUUUCCCUUUUUCUUUUCUGAUAUGGAAUAAACAAUUCUAGCAAAUCUGGUGUCAAAAGGGGAAGGAGUCAAGGAGGAGGAAGCCAAAUCCAAUUUCGCCGUCGCCGUCGCCGUCGUAUGUGGCUGCCCGCACCGUCGCGGGGAAAAUCCGACACCAUUAGUUGCCACCGCUCUUCAAAUCAAUUCUCCGAUUAUUUCUCUCGUUUCGCUCUCUUUUUUGUGCGCGGCACCUGGGCCGUGACAAAACGUUCUCGCCGACACCGUCGUCGGCCACAGGGAGAGCUUGGUGAGCUCGAUUUAUGGCCGGUUUCACGAAUUAAGCUGAAGCAGGAGGCGGGAAAGCGACAGAAGAAACUAAUUUGGAGGAGGAGGAGGAAGAUGGAGCAGCAGCUUGGCUUCUCCUUCUUGUUCUCUUUCUGUUGAGAUUGAGUCUUUCGGGGUGAAAAUUCAUGGCGGCCUCUGCCCAACACCGCUGCGUUUUUGUUGGGAACAUACCUUAUGAUGCAACUGAAGAACAGCUUAUAGAAAUCUGCAGAGAGGUUGGCCCGGUUGUGUCUUUCAGAUUAGUUGUUGACAGAGAAACCGGAAAACCAAAGGGUUACGGGUUCUGUGAGUAUAAGGAUGAAGAGACAGCUCUCAGUGCUCGCCGUAACCUCCAGGGUUACGAGAUCAAUGGCCGGCAAUUGCGUGUAGAUUUUGCAGAGAACGACAAAAAUACUGAUAGAAACAAAGAACAGGGUAGACAAGCUUCUAAUACUGAUCCUAGGAGACAUGGAGGAUCCCCUGCAAACAUUGCAGAUGCUACACAGCAUCAGCCAAUAGGUCUCCACAUAGCCAUGACUGCUGCCACUGUCAUGACUGGAGCUUUAGGUGCUACCCAGACAGCAGUGCAGCCGAAUCAGGCUGCUUUCCAGGGCCAGUCGGCAUUGACUAGUGACCCCUUGACACUUCAUUUGGCCAAGAUGUCUAGGAGUCAAUUGAACGAAGUUAUGACUGAGAUGAAGGUAAUGGCCACACAAAACAGGGAAGCAGCUCGUCAACUGUUACUUGAGAGGCCUCAAUUGCCAAAAGCCCUUUUUCAGGCACAAAUAAUGCUAGGAAUGGUCACCCCAGAAGUGCUGCAAAUGCCAAAUAUAAGAGCACCUUCAAGUCAACUGGGAUUACCUCCAUUGCAAGACUCUCAGCAGGGUCAACAUGCCCUUCAGACAUUGACGGGGUCAGCCCCUCCUUCCCAGGGGACAUACCCUAUGACUCAAAUACCAGGUGGUCACUCAUCUGUAGUGCCUCUCAAUCCUUCAGUUCCAAACCAGGUUUCUGCAUCCUCAAUGCAUCCUAUGCAGCCUCCAAAUAAGACCCAGGUUCUUCCGCAAGCUCCAUUACCUGGGAAAUCGGUAGUCCCGCUACCUCUUCCUGCGCAAUCCAUCACCAGACCACCAAAUCAGGUGACGGUAGAUUCCUCGCUCUUACCCCAACAAAUUCCACAAUCCAUUGUACAGCACCCAGGACAGUCUGGAGGUGGAAAUUACGGCUACAAAUCCCAAAUCGGUCUUCGUCCUUUUGUGUCAGAAACAUCAGCUAAGCCUGAGCCGCUGAUGUCAUCAGGCAUUUCAGAUCCUGGUCGCAUGGAUGCCCGUCCAGCUACUCAGGUUCCCGAUGAAGCUACAAGGUAUAACCGGAACAUGGCUUACAGGCAAGCAAACACCUUUCAGGAUCCCAGGGAACCAAGUAAUCGCCCUACAAAGCUUCUAAAGCUGGACGAAGGCAGGAACAGGUCUUCCUCAAUUGGGGAUCAUAACAUGGCCAACCACACCGAAUUUGGUCCAAGCCAAACGGUCCCAUCUAUUUCAGUGCCUACGAAGCCAAUCCCCAAGCCAGAAGAGAAACAAGCACCUCAGCUUCUACCAGAUGUGGAAUCUGCCCUGCUCCAGCAGGUGCUAAGCCUUACACCGGAGCAAUUGAGUUCAUUGCCACCGGACCAGCAGCAACAGGUGAUUCAGCUCCAGCAAGCACUUAGACAAGAUCAGAUGCAGCCAUCAUAGCAGCAGGUAGCUGUCUUUUGCCCACCAUGCUCCUACCGGAGCGAAUAGCCUGCUGCUGCUACAUGAGCUUGUAACCUAUUCUUAUUAUGUAUGAUGAACUCUCAUUUCAGCAGAGAACCCGCAAUUUUGUUUUUAUUUCACUUAAGGAAGAGAAGGAGAAAAAAAAAACUAUCUUGUAGCCUCAAGUAGAGUCCCCCAUUUCAGCACCAUAGAUAAGGAGGGUUGCCUUGUAGAAGAAGUUUCACCUUUUGUACCAUUAUUGUUCAACAGAGAUCACUUAUAUAUGUUCUGUAAUUUUUGUGGUGUUGGGUUUUGGGAUGGAAGUAAUAAAAGGUUUCCAUCCAUGUUGCAGAAGUAGCUGAUGAACUUCACUAAACUCCCAUGUAAUACAUAUCCAAUGUCGGCCUCCUACGAAUAGAAUUAUGGACGCUCCAGAUUUCCCUACAAGAACUUAUUACCCUCUGUAUUUUUCUCUAAUCCGACGAGAAGAAAGAAACCCAGAAACAUUUGCUGCAAGAUACUUGCAGAGUUCCCUGCACCAGAACAAAGAAUGCUACCUAAAUCGUUACAUUGAACGAUUCGAGGAGAUAUGGCACUUUUGACAUUGUAACAAGCUCAGUUCUAACCACUGAGAUGCUAAGGUAUUUAAAACAUCUCUUCCACCUGCUAUUCAAUCUGUCUUGAAAAUGUGCAUACUGAUAAGGCCAUACAUUAGUUAAAAGAUAAGAAUUAACCAACAACACAGAACUAAACUAGGUAGCGAAAUCCACUGAAACUACUGGCUUUGAAUCUAUGCUGCCUCCCAUCAAGUUCUUCUUUUCCCCUUUUCCCAACUUCUUCUGAUUCAGGAAAUCAACAACUUGCUGAAGAAUUACAUCCCCAUCACUCCCUUUCCUCAAUUCCUCAGCCAAAGCUGCUGGUGUCACAUCCACAGUCUGCAGCAGCUCGCCUAUCUCUUCAAGCAACGGAUGAUUUCGCUCCACCUCCAGAUAGAUGGCGGCUAAGCUUCUGAAUGCCUCGGGGGUACAAUACGACAAGUGAAUAUGCAUAUCCAUCCUUCCAGGCCGAAUCAGUGCUGGAUCCAGAACGUCUUUGUGGUUCGUGGUGAAGACUAUGAUCCUCUCUUCUCCGUGGCUCGACCAUACCCCAUCGAUGCAAUUCAGCAUAGUCGAGAGCGUGAACUAGAAAAACUCCACAAAUUACUGGUUAUAAUCUGUAAUGCAACUGAAGUAGAAAAGAUUCGAGCUUUAUUUACCUUGGCUGCAGGGUUCUUAUGCUUGUGAUGACUACCAUCAUUGGGGAUAUUCUGAUCAGUUGAUUCAUCGUUUCCAUCCGAGUCGGAUCGAGCAUGCAGUUCAGGGCAGCAAUCAAUGUCCUCGAAAACGACAAUCGAUUUGUUCUGGAUCGAGAGCAGGGCAUGCCGCAGCUCAUAAUCAGACCGGAUGUUGCCCAGCUCCAUAACAUAGAGGUUGAACUUCAAGUGAUUGGACAUGGCAGCAACAACACUCGAUUUCCCAGUUCCAGGUGGCCCGUACAGCAAGUAACCCCUCUUCCAAGGAUCCCCAUUCUUCUUGUAGAAAUCCCUCCUCGCCACAAACCUCUCCAGAUCAUCCACAAUGCUCCUCUUCAGCUCCCCGUCCAUGGCGAUCGUGUCGAACCCCCCAGCGCGAAGACAUUCGGACCAACACCACGUGAACAGCUGCAACUCGGGACACAUUUCCUCGAACACCUGGUAGACAUGGCGGAGGUAGCGAUUCAAAACCUUGUCUCGGUUCCGCGACUGAAACGUCAACCGGUAGCAAAGAUCGGAACUCCCGUAGCUAUCAUCAUCACCGGCAUCACCACCACCUUCUCCGAUCAGUCCCCGUCCGGCGAUCCCUCCGGCCCUGCCGAUCAUCCGUCUACCUUUCGCAUGAGGCAGGUGCCACUCCAUCUCCUCGCCGUCGAACACGUCGACGACCGUCUCCCCGCCGACCAGCGCGGUGGCGAAUCGCUUCUUCUUGUGAAACUUGCCGACGCGGAAUUGCUUGUUCUCGGGGCCGAUUUUGGUGGAGAGGUAGAACCUGGCGGCCUCGAUGAGCUCGUUCGGGUCGUACGGACCGUAGUUCCAGCUGUUGUCGAUGAUGAUCGUGGCGGUGUCCGGCUGGAUCGGGUCGGGUCUGGCGAACAGCCGCCGGAGCUUGCCGGAGACGUAGUCGGCGAUGAAGUUGGGGACGAAUUCGCGGUACGCGUUGCGGAGGGGGACGGAUAAGGUGGAGAAGGAGGCGUAGAGGGAUAGCAGGGAGGAAGUGGAAGGAAACACCGUCUGGGCUCCAUUGAUCAUGAAAGACGCCAUUUGCAAGCUUUACGUUUUGCACAGGGAGAGAAAGCUCUGUAAAUUAAUGGCGGGUUCUUGGCGCCGCCGGGGAAUUUCUAGGCCUCGGAUCCGAAACUAACAGAAGAAGCAUUAAAGUUUCCAUGAAAUUGAGCGGAACGAAUGUGGUGGUUGAAGAAAAUUGACGUGAUCCUUCCUUCCUACGCAAAACUCAUGAAACUGAACAUGAAUAUGGGGUUUACCUAAUGAGAGGAAGAUGAAUACCUUCUAUGUUAAUCGAAUGGGGUAUAUAUGCAAUAUGGAUUUACAGGCUAAACGUCGCCAUAAAUUUAGGUCCAAGAUAGGGUCAGU